GUUCACACACUGAUGAUAGACUCACGUCCUUUUGUCCCUUUUUUUCAGCAGGUUUUUUUUCAGCAGGUUUCUUUUCAGCAGAUUUCUUCGUAUCACCUACACAAAAAAAAUUGAUGAACACAGUACAGUGUGCAGAAGAUGUAUCUGGAUGCACUCAACUAGUCAGAUAUCAUGAUGAGUGUGUUCAGAAGGGUGGAGCAAGCUUGGGUGCAAGUGGUCUCUUUCAGACAGACUAGAGCAUUGCAGACAGUCAGUCGCACCAAAAUACAGUCUUUACUCGACUCGAAGAAGUACUCGUACAAGUUAGGCCAGUCUUCGUUUGUUCUCCAGUGUCCGUUCUGCAAGAGAGGAGAUGGAGCCUCGAGCAGCAGCAGCACUCUGGGAAGUAUGUUUGUUAACUAUAACACUGGCGGCGUGGUGUGCAAGCCCUGUGCAGUGAGAGGAACGUGGAGUAACUUCCUGGAGUGGUCAACGGAGGGGAAAUCCCCCACAGCACCCGUCUCUUGUGACACUGACUCAGCAGUAGUAGACGGAGUAACAACCGCUACAAAGGUUCCUACUGAGCAUGCUCAGAAGGUUUGGUCGGGCACGAGGAAGUGGGAGGAGUCGUCUACCGAGACAACGGACAGACUGCGAGAGAUGUUUGGAAUUGAGGUGUUAACCAACCCUGCUCUGGAGAAGUACCAAGUUCAUACUGCUACCUCAGCGUCCUCCAGUUUGCUGUCAGACUCUGCGCUGCCGUGUGUGGCGUUUCCAUGGUACCACGGCAAGGACCUGGUGAAAGUGAGGUUAGAGACAAUACCUCCCACAGAGGAGCUCCAAUCAUCAGGGGAGGGUGUAUGGGGGGUCUUCGGAUGGGGUACUGUGGAACCAGCAAGCAGGGAGAUAGUGAUUGCUGGUGGGGAGUUGGACGCCAUUGCAAUUCACCAGAGCACGGGACUACCAGCUGUUGUUCUUCCCAGUGACAUCACUAAGCUACCCUCCAAAUUUCUGUCUGAGUUCGAUCAGUUCAAGAAAAUCAACUUGUGGUUGGGCAGCUCUGGGCCUGCCAAGCACACUGCCACACACCUGGCUAACCAACUCGGGCUGAAGAGAUGCUAUCUGGUUAGCUCUCAAGAGAGAGGUCGACCACUGCCCACGGCUUUGGGGGCUCUCUCUAAGGAGGGAGAUUUGGCAGCCAUUAUUUCACGAUCCAAGCGAUUUGCUCACGACCAAAUCUUCAGCUUCAACCAGCUGCGUGGUGAUGUGUACGGGGAAUUUAGCAACAGAGAGAUGGUAGCAGGAGUGAAGUGGAGACGGUUCCCUCAGUUGACCUCUUCUCUCAAAGGUCAUCGCUCGGGGGAACUAACUGUUCUUACUGGACCCACUGGACGAGGCAAGACCACUCUGCUCGCUGAGAUGUCCCUGGACCUGUGCUUACAGGGGGUGUCUACACUGUGGGGAAGUUUUGAGAUCAAAAAUGUUCGAUUGGCAAAGACACUUCUAAAACAGUAUUCUGGAGUGGACAUAGAGAGGCACUUGCACGACUAUGACAGCUGGGCUGACAAGUUCCAACAUCUCCCUCUCUACUUCAUGGGGUUCUAUGGCUCUGCUGACAUCAGCACUGUCAUUGAGACAAUGUCCCACGCUGUGUAUGCUCACAACAUCCAGCACGUGAUAGUGGACAACCUUCAGUUCAUGCUGGGAAGUACCAACAUCUUGGAUACAUAUUCUGCCCAAAACCAGGCCAUUGGAGCACUGAGGAGGUUUGCCUCAGCUGAAGAUGUGCAUGUCACUGUGGUGAUUCAUCCCAGGAAGGAGGAUGACAACAACCCACUUACCACUGCCUCCAUAUUUGGCACUGCCAAGGCAGCCCAAGAGGCGGACAAUGUCAUCAUUCUGCAGUGCCCUCACGGCAAAGACAAAUACAUACAGGUGACUAAGAACCGUUUCGAUGGCGACCUCGGUAUGGUACCUCUGUCCUGGGACAAAGAGAGUUGUACGAUGUCUGGCCACUUCAACCGCCCUCCUCCACAAACUGUUGCUGACAACAAAACUAUCACUGCUUCUCCAGAAUUACCGUCAUCGCCACACCCUCAAACUGUUAAGAAGCCUGCUUUUGGUGUUUAUCGGCCUCAAGGCUCAAAACUGAUUGGACGAGUUCAGAGUACACCUGGAAAGGGUACGAAUAGCAGCUCCCCCUUGAUCAAUCAACCAGGACGGGUUCAGAGUACACCUUUGAAGGGUACAAAUAGCGGCUCCCCCUUGAUCAAUCAACCAGGACAGGUUCAGAGUACACCUUUAAAGGGUACAAAUAGCGGCUCCCCCUUGAUCAAUCAACUAGGACGGCUUCAGAGUACACCUUUAAAGGGUACGAAUAGCGGCUCCCCCUUGAUCAAUCAAGCAAGCCCCGCAUCAUACGAUCCAUCACGCCGAACUGUUUGAAUAUUGCCAAAUCAUAUUCAUUUUUUCACUUUUGUCAAAUCAGUGGCGUGCUAUUAACAUUCAUGAAUCCUCUCUCAAGCAUGUCAACUGUGUGUGAUGAAUUUGUCACAUCUAUUGUCUAUUCUGAGCACCUGCACUCAUUCAAACUCAUUAUACCCAAUCUCUAUUUUUGUCUGUAAUAAUUAUUUUGUCGAAAAAAUUGGAUCCAUUAAUCAAAUGAAAUGAGA